AUGGCCGAGGAGAAGACCUUUCGCUAUGGGUUCAUCAUGCUGGGUUUCUUCCUGGUGAUGACAGGGAUAUUCAUCAUGAGCGUGGAAAAGCCUCACAUCUACAUCACUUUCUGCGCCCUGGGCGUCCUGCUCGUCGCCGUGGGCAUCACCUGGAGCAUGUGCGAGUGCUACCCCAAGAUAACUUUCGUCCCUGUGGACCCUGAGGCUGAGCGGUUCCUGGACCACAAGCCCAUGGUGCUGCCAGCGAGGGAUACCCACUUGCAGGCACCAUGUCCUGACGAAGAGGCCAGCAGCAUAUAUGAGAAAAGCCUUCCAUCCUACGAGCAGAUCCAGAGGCAGGCAGUGGGCUUAGCCCUGCUCCCACUCAUGGCCCAGCCCAGAGCUCCCAGCUGCUCCCAGCCAGCCAUGCAGGCAAAAGCAGAGGUGCACCAGGAACCUGGGGGUGCUAGAGACCCCCCCCAAGAACCAGUGCUUCACCUGGAAGUGACAGCAGACAGCUGCCCACCCCGGCCAGCGCUGGGGGACGUCUCUCUGGCGUCCCUCCUGGAGGACAUGGACACACCGUCGCUGGAGGGCUCUGUGCCUGGCAGCCCCGCGUCACUGGGCCGGCCUCCACCGUCUGCUAUCUGCUCUGAUUGCACCCCGACCAGCUGCCCGGACCGGAGACGACACCCUGGCUCCCCCCACAAAGAUGUUCAGGAGGAGGAUGACCUCUACUAUGGGCUCCAGGAUGGGCCAGACCCUCUGCCUGAGGACAGUGACUGCCUUUUUGAGCCUGAAAACUGA